GUGUGUGUGUGUGAGAGAGAGAGAGAGAGAGAUCCAUUCUCAGUUCAAAUAUGAAGAUAUUUUUGUGCUUGUGUGGGAAGCACACAUUGGAUGUACAGCAAUGAUAAAGAAAACACGAAUUACAAAGACAAGGAAUGUAAAGGUAUUUUGUAUAGUGGGGGUAGGGAAGAGGAUUAAUCCAGUGAGUAUGUAAAAGCCUUGGCUGCAUUUCCAGUGUGUUUUUGGAGCACAGCUGUCCAUUGCACACUCACCGUCACUCUGCACUGUGCAACUGUACUGUUGUAUGUGGUGAUAGAUGUGAUAGAUGAGUGAAUGAAGAAAGGGAGGGAAAGAGCAAAACAAACAAGAAGAGAACGAGAGAGAAAGAGAGAGAGAGAGAUAUCCAUUCUCAUACUGUACCUCCACUUUGCCAUACACAGUGGACUAACCCUGGACACACUAAGCGGAGGAGUGGUCUAGGAGCCAUGACAGGAGGUUUGUUCCUCACACUGUCCACCUUGUUACUGGUCCAGGCUGUCUCCUCCUGCCCUAAGGAGUGCUGGUGUGACAGUCAUGCUAAGGUGGUGGACUGCAGAGGACGAGGCUUGUAUGACAUUCCGCAUAAACUCCAUCCAGAGACUCUGGAACUACAUCUUCAGGACAACCAUAUACGAGGCAUCGGUUCCAUGGCUUUUCGGGAAACACCAUAUCUCCGAGUUCUGGAUCUGGCCAACAACAGCAUCACUAUGGUUUCUCCCAGUGCCCUACUAGGGCUUAGGAGCUUAAAGACCCUCAUCCUGGCCAACAACUCUAUCCGGGAAGUGGAUCGCCGUUUAUUGGGCUCAAUACGCAAUCUAACCCACUUGGACCUGUCUCACAACAACAUAGGAGGGCUGCCUGGAGCACUAGCCGAUAGUUUUCACCAUCUAACACACUUUUCAUUACAGUAUAACCGGCUGACCAAGCUGGAUCGCACUCAUCUGGAUGCCCUUGGGAGCCUGCAGGUGCUGCACCUGACAAGUAACCCCUGGAAGUGUGAUUGUCACAUAAUAGGGCUAAAGCUAUGGUUGGAAACGUUCAUGUAUAAAGGUGGGGUGGUGGAUGGCGUUCCGUGUCAUGAGCCACAUGCUAUGCUUAACCGUGACCUCCGCCAUGUGCCCUAUGAGCUCUUCCACACCUGCAUGAGCACCAGUUAUAGCUACUUGUUUGCCAACAUCCAGCACAUGGAGAGACAGCAGCGAUUGCUUCGUGGUGCCCCAUACCCAAGCCUGGAUGCUCCACUUGAUCAGGAACCUGAGUGCGAACCCAAGCCAAAACCACGACCCAUCAACCUGCGUCAUGCCAUAGCUACAGUGAUCAUCACUGGCAUAGUGUGUGGAGUUGUGUGUCUCAUGAUGCUGGCUGCUGCUGUGUACGGGUGUGCCUAUGCUGCCAUCAUGGCUAAAUACCAGCGGGAGCUAAAGAAACAGGAAGAUGAGACUGGAAGAAUAGAGAGCGAGAACACAGACAGGGAAAGGGAGAAAGAGCUGCUGGAAAAUGCCAUAGCAUGAAAAAGAGUAUUAGAGAGAGAGAUGCAAUAAUACUCAUACCUCACCCAGGGAUAUUACAUAGCCAAGCCCUUUUGCAUAGCAAACUCUUAAAAUAUUGUAAGAUAGAGUUAUACUGUUUAGGGAUCUGGAUGGCUUUUAUUACAUUCAUAGGAUUUAUCACAACUAUUGCAAUAUCUUCUCAGAUGGACAAACAGUAACUUGAUUUCUGUUUUGUCAUCUACUGUUCACUCAUUCCAUACAGUAUAUUGUCCUCUCUAAAGGGCAAGUUGAACAGGAGAGAAGAGACAUGUUCUAUAAUGCAGUAUAGCCAUAGUACAGUCAAAAAUGAAAAUUAUAUUGGCAUCCUUAAUGAAAAUGAACAAAAUGAGUGUGUUAAAUAAGCAUUUCACAAAAUGAUGCAAAUCUUCCAUUCAAAAAAAUAGAGAAAGAAACUACCUCUGACAACAAUCAGGCUCAUCUCCUUUUUGU